AUGAAUAAAAGAAACAUUAAGGUAUUUUUUUUUUUUUUAAGCUUGUAUAUGUGUGCAAGCAAUAAAGCCUUUGCCAAUGAACCUUCUUUAGUCAAUUUUACUCCAAAAAAAGAUAUUCCAACAAAAGAUAUUCCAACAAAAGAUAUUCCAACAAAAGAUAUUCCAACAAAAGAUAUUCCAACAAAAGAUAUUCCAACAAAAGAUAUUCCAACAAAAGAUAUUCCAACAAAAGAUAUUCCAACAAAUAACCCUGUUCAAACCGAUAAAAAAAUAAACAAAUCCGUUUUAGUUAGAUUGGCUCAAAGAAUGUCAGCUAUAUUAAUAGUUAUUUUACGAGCAUUUGCUUGUAAACAAUCUAAACCCCAAAAGUCUGGUUUAGACAAACAUAUUAGAACAAAAAAUAUUGCAGAAAAUGCUACUCUAGGCAAGGCUACUACAGACAGUGUUAAUCCUGACAACGAUGAUAAAAAUGAUAUCAUUUCGAUCAGUGAUAGCUUCGAUGAAAUGUAUGAAAAUAAUAAGUACCUAUUAUGUAACGAUCCUGAAGAAACUAAAAAAGUGACAAAAUAUAUGAACGAAGCUGUAACUCUUUUACAGAAACAAAUUGAAACUACAGUUGGUUACCAAAAUCAUUUUAACUAUAAUAAUGCAGAUAUAUAUACUAAAAAACAAGACGAUGCGGACAUUGGAAAACUUAAUAUUACGAUUGAAAAUCCAGAUAAGUACGAUGAAAUAAAAAACAUGCUAUGGGACCCCAAUAACCCCCAAAAUAUCGAUCACAAAUUUCUUAAUGGACAGGUUGUUCGCGUAUAUAAUCCAAAUUUAAUGAUGAUACAACAAUGUUAUGUGAGUGCUUCCAAUUCAUCUGUAAUAUGUUUUCAUUAUUUAUUCAAAAGAGUUGAAAUAUCAAAAGACACAACUAUAAUAGUAUAUAUUUCAACAAAUAUGAGUGAUGUUAAUAAUAACAUAGAAAAAAAUAUACAUACACUCUUAGAAAUUGUAUAUUCAUUAAAACUUGGCUGUAAUUUUGAAGAAGAACUUAAGAACAAAUUUGUUAACUUAUCCGGAUAUACCAUUAAAAAAAAAGACACACACGUUGACGUUACCUAUUUCAACUCUAUUUUUGAUAGCCAUAUUUUAGCUCGACUUUAUGAUUUUAAAAGAAUUCGAUCAAAAAAUUAUGUACUUCUUAUGAACUUAAAAGGAAUUUUCUCCCAAAAAAAUAAAUGUAUUCCAAACAGUACCUUUUUAUUAUCAUAA